AUGGCGCAUCAAUUGCCGCAUCAGUUACCACAGAACCUACCCCAGCCCGACUUCGUUGUCAUCAGACCUUCCCUAGAUGAUCUCGGUACCCAACUGCCCCGUCUCGUCAAAAUACCAGCAGCCCAGCAGGACGUUCUCCAGCAGAUACUUGCUCGGCUGGAUGCUGUUGAGAUUCGUCUCACUAGCAUAGAGACAAGGGCCGAGAACGAGAGACUCCGGAAGCAGAACGCACAUCGGUUGGCUAGUGACCGUCACAGCAUACUCCUUCCCCUCCUUGAUCUUCGAACCGGCCGCCGCAGCUAUGACUGGACAAGAGCGAUCAGGAGUCGGCCUUGCACAUCCUGUCCUCAAUGGCCAGGCCGGCCAAGUUGCCAGGGAAAGACCCUCGCCCAAGUUCGCGAUGCUAGGACGGUCGGUCUCAUUCGCUUCCUCACCGAAGUCCUCGGUGAGCUUACGAGUGGAGUGGGAUACAUCUCCCACGCCAAGAAGGCGAUGCAAAUGCAAGUCGGCAUUAACGACGUCGGAUGGCAAACGAUCAUGGCUCGCGCGGCAUACCCGUAUGCCCUGGCACGCAAGUUUGGCGUCGGCGGCCUGAUCUUCCUGCCUGUCACCACAAAGAUGUACCAGUCGAACCGCUUCCCAAAGGCCUCGGGUAUCCUCGACAUUCUCCAGCGCAUCAAGGAGGCGGAUGAGUCGAGAGUCCUCCUCACCAUCGCCGAGCAUAACAUCGUCUAUCUAUUUGGUUGCUUCUUGGUCUACCUGUUAGAGACACUGUGA